UGAGAUAUUAUGGGACUUUCUCAAGAGGUCAAGUCACGGCGAAGGGUAACUCCCACUUUUCCUUUCUCUCUGCCUAUUGUUACGUACAAGAUAAUAAGAGCUCAAUAGGUGAGCUAGACUGGUGUGACGUCACAGUGGAUCAUAAUUAUCUCAAUCUGUGCUCAUCGACAACAUGUGAUGUCAGCUACUUCCAUUCAAUCAGGUCGCAGCAGAAGAUGGCAAAUUUCGGGUUUUCGGGCGUGGGAGGCGUGACGUUAUUAUCGUUGCUUGUAGUAGUUAGCGCGACACCCGCCGCCGGCCCAAGCAGAAGACUCUUGCAAGAGAAGCUAGCUUCAGAUCCGCUUCUAGAAAUCAAUGAUGAGGUGUUUGGAGGUGUGCAAGAGGAGCGCGGAGAGAGAGAGAAGCGCCUGCUGGGCCAGAAGACGGGUGUGAUAGGGAUAGGCGCCAAAAUAGGCAAGAACGUGGCGUCGAAAGCGUUUUCGAGCGUGAAGACGGGCGUCGUCAAGAAGCUCUUGAGCGUGAGCGCUGGCUCGUCUAGUUCGGCCAGCGGCACGGGACUCAAGGUCGCCAAAACGGUCGGCACCAAAACGGCAAAGGCAGCCGCAGUCAUCGGCGUCAAGACGCUUCUGCUCAACCUUAUCUUCGGGAAAAUCAAUCAAUUGAUUGAGUGGAAGACAAGGCUGCUUGAUAACCUUGACAAGCAGAAUAGAGCAAAGAACCAACAGUUCCUAUCUGGUGGUGUAAAAACCACUACACCAUCAGAUGCUUCGGCUGAAGCUCAAAAUGACAAUGCUGACCCAGACUUCGAUCCAGAGAAAGUGAGUUUGAAUGUACCUGACGAGCUAUUCGCCCCAGCAUUCAAUUCCAUCAACAGUAUUUCAAGUAUCAUUGGAAAUGUUAUACAGAACACAGCUGAACGUCUGGCAAGGUUUAUAGAGCAGCUGAAGCCACUGCUGCGCACGUCACUGGGAUUCCGGCCAGCCAGGAGGGAGCCGGACGAGAUGGUGGACGAGAUCCAAGACACGCAGGCGACGCAGUCGGCGACGCAGAACGACGAAGCGGACGACACCGGCGACUCGCAGAAGAGCACCCUCAAAUCCAGCUACACAGCGCUAGUCCAUAAACGAUAAUCCCAGCGGGUCUCAUCUUAGUCAUUGUGUUUCCAAUUCUCCCGCUUGUGAUAACUUUGGAAAGUUAUUGCUCCGCUAAAUGAUUGAAAAGUAUGAACACUUUCCAAGUGAGAAAAGCAGGCAAGAAAUUAUUAUUUCAAUAGACAUCGAACAUUUGCUCAAUAUACGGAGGGCGUCGUGUCUUACAUCAGUAAUUUUAGGAAUAGGAUACAACUUGUUAUUACUUAGUUCUUAUUGUUAUGAGACUCUGGAUCAUAACUAUACUGGGCUUAUACCAAAAAUAGAGUAAAGCAGUUACUAUAUUUAAGAGGCAUUUGUGUUGCAACUGGCUGAAUGAGACAAGUAAAAGAAAAACAAUACAUUUUAUAGAGUCUUUAAAAAGUCAUCAUUCCAUUAUUAUAUUUGAUAAAAGGUUUUCUCAACAUUAUAAUUGGAUGAGAGAUUUCUCUCCAACUGUUUAAAACAAUAUUGUUUCUCACUACCUAACUAUACCGAGCAGAUUUAAACAAUUAUGGGAUUAAUAAAAAAGAGUCAAGAAAACUUAUUUCUUUCAAUCAUAUUAAUACCGGUAAUGAAAACUUUCUCUUGUAAUUUUUAACGUGCUUCAAAAAUGUUAUAAUAUUCGACUGAUGUAAAUUAUUUGAAUAUUUUACAAUCAAAUAAAUUUGAUUGUGGUUUUAAAAGAGAAGAUGAAUAAAUCAUAUUAUUUUUGUAAAUUAUUUAAAACUAAUCUAUUGGAAAAAUAAUAUUAGAGAAAAUGACAAUCUUCUACUUUUUUGUUUGAUACAAAACUGAACUUGAAAACUUGAACUGGAAUACAAAACUGGAAAGUGAAAACCUCAAAAUUAGCUAUGGUACCUACUUAUGGGCAAUUAAAUUUAAGUAGACAUUAAACUAUACAAUAUUCACUUUUGAAUGAUUGUCAUCUUAUUUGCUCUCUAAUGAACUCAUCUUCAAUUUAAUGAUGAUGAUGAUAAUAUAAUAAUUUAAACUCUUCAGUCUGUGAAAGAUGUGAGAUUUUUUCUUUAUAGUUUGGUUUCUAUGUUGAGCUUCAAGCAUAAACAACUAUCAACUGAAAUUCCUAUUUAAAAAUCUGGUUUUCAUGAGAUAUUCACUUCACAAGCUGAGAAAAAUAAUAUUGAAACUAUCAAUUUUUUAUCUUCCACUAUCACUUUUUCAUUUAUAAAUAAUUAUCAUCAAUAUACAGUAUCAUUCUGAUAAGUAGCAUUGAACUAAUUAAUAGAUAAAUAAAAAUAUACAAUUCAUAUAAAUAUAUAUGUCAAGUGUUAAUAUUUUCGCAUAGUUUGCUAUGCGUUUGUUACUAUAAUACCGUAUCAAAUUCAAAGAUGAGAAUGUGAAUUGUGAUUCGAAAUACUCUUCUAUUAUAUCUUCAUGUUUACUCUCCAGAGAAACUUCGUAUUUUUUAUUGAAUAAUCAAUGUGAUGAGAACAUUUAGUGUUAUCUCACUCGAAGAAACGUUCACGUUAUUUAAUGUUUCAUACAAUGUUUAGGUAUUGAAGAAUUAUUAUUCCUCAUUGUUAUGUGUGUACCGGUACUACAUAAUUUGCAUGUCAUUCUCUAAAAUGUUUUUCAUUUGGUACCUUACCCUCAAUGUUUUUCCAACAUUGAAUAAGAACGGAUCAAUAUUCAUUCUGUCAAACCACCAAUUUCGCACAAAUAACACAUAUGAGUGAUGUUGAAAAUAUCGAUUCGUUAUCACUCAAUAUGGAUACCUGCCACACAACACAUAAUGUUCAUGCAAUUUGUUAUCCAAAAUAAUGUUCAUGAAUUUAUGAAGACAUUUAACAUUUUUUUAUGUCAAAUAAUGAUGUCAUUCAUCACCUUAUUUUUGUUUAAUAACAUGAUCACAUUGCCAGUCAAUAUUUUUUUUUAUUUAUGUAUCUAUACUUACUAUUAGUAUAGAUAUUCAAGUAGAUGAAUAGUUUCUACUCGGUGUUACAAGUUAGUGCUCAGGGAGUCGACAUCAACUAACGUUUAAUUUAAUAUGUACCGUAACGUUGUCGAACAGAAAAGUGUAAAUGGAUCAUAUUAUUUAUAGUGCAUGAGGUAUUGUGCAAAAUUACUGAUAAACUCCAUGAAUUAAGUUACAUAAAUCAUAUCAAUAAUUUGAAAUGUUCAAAACUUCAUUGUUACCUAAAAAACUGUUAGCUGUGUCUAAUUAUCAUUCAUGCCAGUUUUUAAUCUUCAACAAUUAACAUUUUUAUAAUGUUUUGAAUAGGCCUAUAUCCCACAAAAGAUAUAUUAUUUAUUAUUUGAGAUUCCAUUAAUACAACUAAAAAUGUAAUCUAGACUUAUUCCUAUCAUUAUCAUGCUAUGGUAAUUAUAGAGAUAUGAGGGAUGAGAAUAAUACAUUAUUUAUACGAUUUUGCUAUUGUAAUGAAUUACCUAGCAGUCAACAAAUUCUAUGAUGAAUUGUAGAACCAUGCGGUACAAUGUACAUAAUAUUAUUUGAUAUUUCUGGAUAAAUGUUCAAGUAUAGAAAAAAAUUAUUAAGAAUAUAACGUUUCGAAUAUACAUUUUUCUUCAUGAUUUUCUUCUUAAUUGAGGAAUGUGCCAGACUUGGCGCAUUUUUUUACUUUUAAGUUUUUCUCUAUAAAAUAUGAUGUAUUGAGUUUACUAGGUAUCUGAUUGCCAUUAUAGGAUUGUAAGCGUAUGUAUAUGAGAAUAAAACUGUUACCUUUUUA